CAUGCAAAUUACAAGACCUAAAAUUUUAAUCUGUAUAGGUGAUUCACAUUGUUCUAUUAUCUAUACAUACGGUAAAACAGAGAAACAGACAAUGGCGUAUGGUGUUAUUUUCUUCAUAUCUGUAAUAUUCAUUCAAAGCUUAUUAGCUGAUGAUAAUCUUUCAAAAGAAGAACAAUCUAAGUUAAAACGCUACGUGCAGGACCUAUUUGAUGAGAAGAUUGCCGAGGAAAUCAAAGACUUGAAAACACGCCUAAAUGAAGCUGAAAAACACAUUCUGCACACUGAACAGAAAAAUGCAAAAUUUGAGGCUCAGUCCGGUUCAUCAAAUCUUUCUAGAAGAUACUUGAUGAUGGGAGCUGGGUCCCCUGUUGGAUUCAUGGCAUGUGUCAGUCCUGCAGAUUUGCUAAACCUUGGCGAUAAACACACCAUCCUGUUCGACAAAAUCAUUACAAACACUGGUGGGGCAUAUCACAACCAUACAGGCGUAUUCAUCGCCCCUGUGAAAGGCUUGUACGAGUUUCAGCUGUCCGCAAUGUCGUCUGCCGGAAGCCAUCUUUAUCUGGCGUUCGUCAGGGAUGGGACAGUAAUUAGUCAUAUCUACCCUGACGCAGCCGGCUCAUCUUCUUAUGAAACAGCUGGCAAUCAAUGGGUUGUUGAACUGAACCAGGGAUCUGAGGUGUGGAUUCAAACUCAAACUGGGGGCACAAUUCAUGGAAAUUGCUUCACUGUUUUUUCUGGCUUUUUGAUAUCAGAGAUGGAAUGAUUUAUACAAAAUAUUAACUGUAUUAGAUUUGCAUCGCAUGCUUUCUUGAAUAUUAAUUAAAGUCUUAAUAUUUU